UAAUAAAUAUUAUGUGGGUAUGUGUUAUAUUUAAUUGGAUAAUCUUUAAUUAAAAGGAGUGGCAUGCCAUUGUAAUUUUUGUGCAACUCUAAGGGUUAAGUACUAUUUGUACUUCAGUUUUAAUAUAUUAGAUUUCGGCCAGUGGAAAUGCAGCCAAGUUGUGCAAUUAGUCCCCAUAAUUCUUUAUUAUAUAUAAAAGAUGUAUGGUUUCUCAUCUCUUUUAUUUAGCACGAAAGCUAAGUAAAAAAACUAUAAUGGCGCCGGUGAAUCUUCCGUGGGAUGUGGAGAAAGAGAUCCUCUCUCGGCUUCCACCUCUAUCCCUUGUUAGAUUCAGAACCGUAUCUCAACAUUGGAACGCACUUUUGAACGACAAGAAGUUCAUCAACAACCACUUGGCUCGUGUCCGUCCCCAGUUCAUUUUCCUGACCGAAUCCAAGGUUUACUCCAUUGACAUCGAUCUCGGCGGAGUAGGCGUUGAUACAACCAUAGAGGUGCGUGAGAUACCAUCUAACUUUCCUUAUCAAGCUACGGACUUGACGCAUACCACCAUCACAACUUGCGAUGGGUUCUUGUUUCGUGACUUUUGGAAGCAAGGUGUCGCUGUUUGGAACCCGUGGUUAAGACAGGUUGGAUGGGUCGAGUACAUCGAUAAAGACUUCCAUUUUUGUGGUGUAGGGUACGAUAACAGUAGACCCGACAAGAGUUACAAGAUCUUAGGGUAUUUUAACUGUCUCCGUACGGUUAGCAACACUUACCAAGUAGGUUACAAAAGAGUUGCGAUCUACGAGUGUGCGUCUCACGCGUUGAAGUUUCUUGAUGUCCCUUUCAAGCAGUGGCCUAACAUGGCACCUUUGUCCUUGAACGGGAAUCUCUAUUGGGUCACUAACAAUCCGGAGGACACUCAUCUUCAUGAGUAUGUCAUCCGAAGCUUUGAUUUCUCGAGUGAAAAUUUCAAAACAUUUUGUGUCCUUCCUUGUCGGAAGAACCAUUCUCGCGAUGAAUUUGUCCUAGCGGGUUAUAAGAGAGAUGGGUUUUCGUUGUUAAAGCAAUGCUAUGUAACAGGUGAGAUUGAGAUUUGGGUGACAAAGAACAAGAUCGAUGAAGAGGAAGUGGUGUGGAUAAACUUGAUGACUUUUCCAACAAGUAACUUACCGAAGUUAAUCAAUAAGCUAAGCUUUGUGGUUAGUUACUUCAUCUCUGACAAGACUCUAAUCAUGUGUUGUGGCGACGAAGAAACUGAAGCCGCUUGCAUCUAUAUUGUGAGGGAAGACAUGUGCAAGAAGUUUCAAAUAGGUUUUGGGAUUGUUAGGUUUUCUCAUUGUGUUUAUCUUCCAAAUUUUAUCUCGGUUCCUUUAGAGUUCGGACAGCACAUGUGUAAAACCUGUUCUGCAUCUUAAUGCUUGAAUCCGUACUCUGCU